AUGCGUUCUGAUAACUCACCUUACUACUCCCCGGCUGCCUCGCCUAUCAUGUCUCCACGACGCUCCAACUCUCCCCAACCAACUCGCUCUCGGAUCCAGACCCCAUCCAAGGCCAAGCAAACACAGAACUUCCAUCUCGGCAGCCUACCCCGGUUCCAUCCUGCCGUAUAUCAGUCGAGUAGCACUUCUCACACCGCCACUGCCCAGCCUCCAUCUCCUCGCCAAUCUCGAUCGUCUACCUACCGCACUGCAACCGGAUCACGUGACAUGAUGUGGCAGUAUCGGGAGUUCAUCGAGAGUGUUCACCAAGGUCCUUCGGCGCCGCGUUUGGAUCCUCUGGUCAGCCCGGGCCCUGUCACGCCCCUGGCGCUAGAGGCGGGCGACUACCUUACCCAUGGCUCGAUGAGCAACACCGCCGAGCGUAAUCCACGAGAUGUUCCAAAGAACUCCGGCCCUUCAGCUGAGUUGAUGGAGAAGCUCAUUGCUUAUGAGGAGACGGCUCGGCAGAUGGCUCGAAAGCCUGCCAAGGGCCGGUGA